CGGCGAUGUUGGCAGCUGCAGCCGUAGCAGUUGUGGCUCUGUUGGGCGUUGCAACGAUGGGAAGUCGAGUAUCUAUCGAGCUUGAAGCGAAUGACUGGGUGGGAGUUGGUGAUAAGGGUAUCACUUCUCAGGGUUGGAAUGGGCACAUCACCCAGACACCUUCCCGUGUUCCAAACAUCCCAAUUUUCGGAAUGGGGUAUAAUGACAGAUUGGGUGUAAAGCCGCUCUGCACUCAUGAGACAGACAGGCGUGGACUUGUCGACUGCAUUCCUCGAGACAGCGAGGAUUCUUGGCCAGUUGGAACGGGCAAUUCCUAUUGCAAUCAAGUCUGCAUUCAAUGUUCUAGUGGCAUGCUUUCUGGACAAGGCUGCGACAAUUGUUACUGUGGCGUUGGGAGCUCUUAUACUGCGUGGGGAACAGAUCCGGCAGAUUGCAAUCAGGUCUGCUACUUUUGUCGUUCAGCAAUGCUUAGCGGGUAUGAAUGCAGUCAAUGCUCAUGUGGACUCUGGCCUGCACCCCUGUCAAGCGAUCCGCUUGAUUCCUGGUAUUGAAAUCUUGUCUCUGUGAUCCACCUCUCUUUCCUCUCUCUAGUUUCAUCUGAACACUACAUGCAUAACACAAGAAAAUUGUCUGAAUUUUCAAAUACAUUCAUUUCCUU